AUGAAAAAGUUACUAAGCGACAUAUCAUUCGAGGUUAAAAAAGCAGUAAAGAAAGAAAUAGGCUCAGUAAAUGAAGCGCUCAGCUCUUGUCAAAAAAUGGAUGGAAUAAUGGACACUUUAGUGACGAUUAGCGGAAAAAUAAAAGAACUGGAAAACAAGAAUACAUAUUUAACAAACCAAAAUAAAUAUCUAGAGCUGAAAAUCGAUGCUACGGAACAAUACAUUGGAAAUCUUGAGCAAAAACAGCUUAAUAAUACAUUUGAAGUCGCAGGAGUACCCGAAAUAAAAGACGAAAAUACGGAAAUUAUCCUAAAUACACUAGCAACGAAGUUAAAUAUUGUAAAAAAAGAAAUAACUACAGUUAAAAGAUUGAAAGGGAAAAAUGGAAAGGAGGGCGUGAUCCAGUUAUCUUUGAAACAGGAGGAACAAGUGGACCAGUGGAUAAAAGCUGCAAGAAAAGUAACUACACUUGUAGUGGACAUCGUUUCUUGUCCAGAUCCUGCUAUAGCAAAAACAAAGAUAAUGAUACGACGUGCCCUAACCAGUGCAAAUAAAACUCUUCUGUGGCAAGCUAAGCAAAAACUUAAGAAAUUCAAGAGUGAAUUCGAUGUAUUUAAGACCAAUGACAGAAAAUGA